AGUAGUAACAGUGGAAACAGAAGUUGUCCUCCUCCGCAGGGUGUGUUUAUUUGUUUGUUUGUUUGUUUGUUUGUCUGGGUUCGGACUGGGUCGUGGAAGGUUCGGAGGGAUUCAGAGAUGUACUACUACCGCUAUGAGAGCGCUGAGGUCAGCUGCUGCUACAAAUACCUGAUGUUCAGCUACAACAUCAUCUUCUGGCUCGCCGGCGUCGCCUUCAUCGCAGUCGGGUUCUGGGCCUGGAGUGAAAAGGGAGUUCUGCUGGACCUGGCCCAGGUGACCCGGCUCCGUGGCUUCGAUCCGGUGUGGUUGGUCCUGGUGGUGGGCGGAGUCACCUUCAUCCUGGGCUUUGCCGGCUGCGUGGGAGCUCUGAGGGAAAACGUCUGCCUGCUCAAGUUUUUUUCAGGCGUGAUCGGCCUCAUCUUCUUCCUGGAGCUGACGGCAGCAGUGCUGGCCGUGGUCUUUCAGAGCCAGGUCCGAGAGUGGCUCAACGACUUCUUUCUGGAGAAUAUCAAAGGGUACAGAGACGACAUCGACCUGCAGAAUCUGAUCGACUCCCUGCAGCGCAUGAACUACUGCUGUGGAGCUCAGGAUCCCAACGACUGGGACCUGAACGUUUACUUCAGCUGUAACGGGACUCAUCGCAGCCGAGAAAAGUGUGGCGUUCCUUUCUCCUGCUGCGUCACCGACCCUGCUGACUCGGUGGUGAACACACAGUGUGGCUACGAUGUCAGAAACAGACCAAUGCGGGACUGGAGUAGCCACAUUCACGUUAAAGGCUGCAUCAGCGCUUUGGAGGACUGGUUACCAAGAAACCUCUACACUGUCGCCAUCGUCUUCAUCGUCAUCUCACUGCUGCAGAUGGUUGGGAUCUACUUGGCUCGGACUCUGAUCUCUGACAUCCAGAAAGUCAAGUUUAAUUACUGAACCUGAUGGGAGGGCGGGGCCUCCACGCAGAAGGGGCGGUGUCUCUGUCAGGUGUUACUGGACCAGGUGCCUUCUUCUUCUUUUGUCUUCUUGUUCUUCUUUAGCUGUAUCUGCCCUCUCUUCAUCCAAUGGGCCGCUGCCGUGGUCGUCAUGGAGACUGAAUGUGUGCCUUCAUCCAACCUCAGCUAUUUUUUUUUUUUUUUUUUUUCAUACAAAGAAGAAAUGAACGAUUAAAACUCGCUGACUGCUCCUUUAAAUGGGUCACGUGACCUCAUGAACACACCUGUAACUGUACGACACUGGAUUCUUCAUGUGAAUGACGUGAGCUCAGAACAAACACUGGUUUCCAGGACGACGCCCCCUGGAGGGCGCAGAAGGUACGCUUUGUUUUCGCCUUUAGUAAUAAAGGAAGGGGGUGUGUUAGGGUGUGAUUGACAGCUGUCCUAACCAGUCUUUAUCUAAACGUCUGAACUAAACGUCUGAUCAGACUCUGCUUUGGUUCAGUUUUAUUUGGUCUGUUUGAUGAAUUUUCAUCUUUUUGUGUCUUUAAAACCUGAGGGGAUUCUGUUUUUUUAUCAAACUGAAUUUAUACAUAUGCCUUUUUAUAUUCUACUGAAUGAAAUAAACAUUUGUCACCUCA